ACAUACAUUUGGGUGUUGUCCGUAAGGUGCGUUACUCCAACGCCGACGAAAUUUUGUAAUGAUCAAACAAUUUUUUAUUUGAAUUCCACUACAACGACGAAUUAAUAUUUAGCUGCAUUUCUAACUAUGAAGUUAUGAUGAUUAAUACGUUCUAUUAUUUCGUUGCGGUGCUGUGUUUAAGCUUAACAAGCGUCCAAUCAGAUUCAGUAAGAUAUUAUUACGACUAUGAGUGUAAUGAGCCUCUUCUAGAGACUGCUCAGUUGACUGCUACUUCUAGUUUAAGAGAAAGAGGACCAGAGAAUGCUAAGUUGUAUGGAACCUCAGCAUGGACGGCGAAAGAGAGCUCCUACUAUCAGCACUUGACGGUAAAAUUGGGCAAGCGCGUAGAGUUACGUGCGAUAGCCACCAGGGGGCGGUUUGCGACAAGCGAGUUCGUUUCGGAGUACAUGCUCCUGUACUCUGAUAACGGAGAGAGCUGGCGGGUCGUUUCUGACUCAGAUGGAUAUGAAAAGAUGUUUGGAGGCAACCACGAUGGCAAUACAAUAGUUAAAAAUGAAUUCGAAGUGCCUAUAAUUGCUCAAUACAUUAGGAUUAAUCCCAUGAGGUGGCGAGAUAAGAUCUCUAUGCGCGUGGAGUUGUAUGGAUGUGAUUAUGUGGCCGAUACGCUAUAUUUUAAUGGAAGUUCCCUCGUGAAAGUGGAUUUACUCCGAGACCCGGUAUCAGCAUCACGCGAAACGGUGCGCUUCCGUUUUAAGACCAGUGUCGCCUCCGGGGCUCUGCUGUACUCCCGCGGUACUCAAGGCGACUACUUAGCCUUGCAGCUGAGGGAUAAUAGACUUGUGCUUAACAUUGAUCUAGGGUCUGGACUAUUGACAUCCCUGUCGGUGGGCAGCCUCCUGGAUGACAACAUAUGGCACGAUGUUGUAAUAUCUCGUAACCGAAGAGAUAUAAUAUUCUCGGUGGACCGAGUGGUGGUGCAGGGACGGAUAAGGGGGGAGUUCUCUCGGCUCAACCUUAAUCGAGCGUUCUACAUAGGCGGUGUACCGAACUUCCAAGACGGUCUCGUCGUCAACCAGAACUUCACGGGGUGCGUUGAGAACAUGUAUUUGAAUUCAACGAACAUUAUAUACGAACUGAAGCAAGGAUAUGAAACCGGAGAACCUUUUAAGUAUCAGAAAGUUAACACCCUGUAUAGCUGUCCGGAGCCGCCCUUGGUGCCGGUGACGUUCCUGAAGGCGGGCUCCUACGCCAAACUGCGAGGCUACUCGGGUGGCAACACGUUGAACGUGUCUCUCGAGUUCAGGACUUACGAGUUGCACGGACUUCUCAUCUACCACAAGUUCAAAUCCGAUGGAUAUGUUAAGGUCUUCCUAGAAGAAGGUCUCGUGAAAGUUGAACUGUUCACGGAAGGUUCGCCCAAGGUAAAGCUCGACAACUAUGCUGAGGUCUUCAACGAUGGCCGCUGGCAUUCCCUGAUGUUGACCAUGGCUCCGGACACGCUGAUCCUCUCUCUCAACUAUAGACCCGUCAAAACUACCAAGAAACUCAAAUUCUUUACUGGAAGCAGUUACUACAUCGCCGGCGGUAAGUCCGGCGUGCGCGGUUUCGUGGGCUGCAUGCGUCGUAUAGCCCUGGACGGCAACUACCGUCUUCCGACCGACUGGAAGCCCGAGGAGUAUUGCUGCCCCAACGAGGUCGUGUUUGAUGCCUGCCAUAUGAUUGACAGAUGUAACCCAAACCCGUGCGAGCAUGGCGGGACGUGUACGCAGACUGCGGACGAGUUUACGUGCGAUUGCACGGAUACCGGAUACGCCGGUGCCGUGUGCCAUUCUUCAACACACCCGCUGUCGUGCCAGGCGUACUCUAACGCGGCCGGUCUGACGAGGUCGGCCGACAUCAAGGUGGACGUCGAUGGCUCCGGGCCUUUAGCUGCUUUCCCAGUCACUUGCCAUGCCUAUUCGGACGGCCGCAUAGUGACAGCCGUCAGUCACGCGGUGGCGAGCAGCAGCAUCGUGGACGGAUACCAGGAGCCAGGAAGCUUCAAGCAGGACAUCGAGUAUGACGCGUCGCGAGCUCAACUCGAGGCCUUGUUGAACCGAUCUCACACCUGCUCCCAGCGUUUGGACUACAUGUGCAGACAUUCGCGCCUGCUCAAUUCACCUAGCGAAGAAUCGAACUUCCAUCCGUUUGCAUGGUGGGUGUCGCGCAGCGGUCAACGCAUGGACUAUUGGGCCGGGGCCCCUCCCGGGUCCCGCAUGUGCGCCUGCGGGGUCCUCGGCUCCUGCAAGGACCCUAGCAAGUGGUGCAACUGCGAUGCGGAAUAUCUGCUUGGGGAAAAAGACGAUUUCCAAAUGGAUGGCGGCGACAUAACCGAGAAGGAGUAUUUGCCCGUGAAGCAGUUGCGCUUCGGGGACACGGGCAGCCAUCUCGAUGAGAAGGAGGGCCGGUACACCCUGGGACCUCUCUUGUGCGAGGGAGACGACCUCUUCAACAACGAGAUAACAUUCCGAAUCUCCGACGCCGUGGUGAUGUUGCCGGCCUUUGAUUUGGGCCACAGCGGAGACAUCUAUUUCGAAUUUAAGACCACGAAAGAGAAUGCCGUGUUAUUGCACGCUAAGGGUCCCCAAGACUACAUAAAGCUGUCGAUAAUCGGCGGAGACCAGCUGCACUUCCAGUUCCAAGUGGGUGACACACCUCUCGGCGUCUCCGUGGAGACCAGCUCGCGACUGGCCGAUGACCACUGGCACUCCGUGUCCAUCGAGAGGAAUAGGAAAGAAGCUCGUGUGGUCGUGGACGGGGCGUUGAAGAACGAGAUUCGAACAGCUAAAGAACCCGUGAGGGCCCUACACCUCACCACGGCCCUGGUGCUGGGGGCGACGUUGGAGCGGAAGGACGGCUUCGUCGGCUGUAUGAGGGCCCUGCUCUUGAGCGGGAAACCGGUCGACCUCAGAUCCUAUGCCAGGCGAGGAUUGUACGGAGUGUCGGAGGGCUGCGUCGGCAAGUGCCAGUCUUCGCCAUGCCUCAACAACGGAACCUGUCUCGAGAGAUACGACACCUACUCUUGCGACUGCCGCUGGACCGCCUUCAAAGGCCCAAUUUGUGCCGAUGAAAUCGGAGUGAACCUUCGCCCCAAUUUGAUGGUGAAAUACGAUUUCCUCGGCUCGUGGCGAUCCACUAUCAGCGAGAAGAUCCGCGUCGGCUUCACCACCACCAACCCCAAGGGAUUCUUGCUCGGGUUCUACUCCAACAUUUCCGCAGAGUAUCUCACACUGAUGGUAUCAAACUCUGGUCAUUUGCGUGUGGUGUUCGACUUCGGUUUCGAGCGUCAGGAGAUAAUAUUCCAAGGGAAGCACUUCGGGCUGGGCCAGUACCACGACGUGCGCCUCUCCAGGAAGAACAGUGGCGCCACUAUGGUCCUGCAGGUCGACAACUACGAGACCCAGGAGUACCACUUCAACAUUCGCGAAAGUGCGGACGCGCAGUUCAACAACAUCCAGUACAUGUACAUGGGGCGCAACGAGACCAUGAACGAAGGCUUCGCCGGAUGCGUCAGUCGAGUGGAGUUCGACGACAUCUACCCUCUGAAGUUGCUUUUCCAGCAGGACCCGCCCGCCAACGUCCGGGCCAUCGGUGGCAUCCUUCACGAAGACUUCUGCGGCGUCGAACCCGUGACCCAUCCCCCGGAGCCCAUAGAGACUCGACCUCCUCCUCUGGUCGACAACACCGCUGACGAUCUCCAUCGCACCGACGAAGCCAUACUCGCGACCGUGCUGGCCUUCAUAUUCCUGCUGCUGAUCGCCGUUGCCAUAGUGUUGGUGCGUGCGCUGUCACGCCACAAGGGAGAAUAUCUCACACAGGAGGAACGAGGAGCGGAAGGAGCAUCAGACCCCGACUCGGCAGCCCUCGCAGCCGCCACCGGGCCGAGGGUCACCAAGCGAAGGGAGUUCUUCAUCUAGACGCUUUCAUUCCAUAUAGUUUUCAUACCAUUAGUCUUUCGGCUUUAGUUUCUUUAUAUAUCGUACGUACGUACAUAUCGUAAAUGUACAAACACAAAUCUCUCCAAGUAGUCUUUAAAAUUUCCCAAUUCAAAGUUCUUAAUAAAAUCUUGGGUAGUUUUGUCUUGAGCACAAAGCGUUUAAUACUUGAUUCUUCUCCCAGUAAGUGCCAUUUGGCUAUUCUCUAUACGAUAUUUAACAAAAACGGUGUAUUUUUUUUAUAGAUUCAAAUUAAAUCCUUAUGAAGCUUUUUUAAAUGAUAUCGAAAUAUUAUUCGAUAAUAGGAUAGUCCUCGUUUAGUAUGUCGAGAAUGUUUGUCUAGUUCGCUUCACUAGAGAGACGAAAUUUUAAUUCGCUUUUUGUAAUAUGAUUUGUUUCAUAUGAGAUGAGCUUAUCUAAGCACCUGUAAUGACGAUAAUAGCUUUAGGUUUUAGUAUAUUUUUAUAAUCUCAUGUAAAUUAGAUUAUUUUUUAGUUUUCUCGAGCUUUUCGUUUAUUUUUCCGUCCAAAAAUGUCAAAACGCUACUUAAUUGUAUAAAUGCGAUUUAUGUUUGGAAAUGCAAAAACAAAAUAUUGUGAAUUUAUUUUAUUGUAUUUCGUGUGUAUGGAGGUAGGCGCUGUAUGCAAAAUUGCUAAUGUUAUGUUAGAUUGAAUCUCAUUUAUUACUAUUUGUAAUUAAAAGACUUCUGUAUCGUACAAAUGUAUUUUUUGUAAAUUGCACAGACUAAACAAUAACCGAGGGUUAAUUUUUAAUCUAUAGUUUGCGAAACACGAAGUAAAUUUAACGGAAAAGAAAAGAAGAAAAAAUAACUAAUAUAAAUUAUAAAUUAACCUUUGAGCAUUGUUUUAAUUAGUUUAGAUUUGUAUAAUGUUUGAGCAAUACAUUAUUUCCACAGACAAUAUUUAAAAAUAGAUAUCUUCUAAGUGACAAAUUAUUAUCAGUUACAAGAAAUUUAACCAUUGAACUAAUAUUGAAGCAAGCAGGUCUCUUGACUUCCGUAAUCUUUUUUAAUGAAAUAAAAUAUUUAAUGAAUUCAUUUAGCUUUUUAUUAUUUAGUAUGCUAUUGUCUGUGGAUGACGUCACAUAAGGGUGCCUUAAAGUUUGGCACAGAGAUCACUUAGCGUAGACUAGAGUUUUUAUUUUACUAUGAAAUCACAAAUAAAUGCCCAAAUAUCAUAA